AGCAGCAGGUUUCAGUUGGAAGUCGAGACUCCUCACGGGGCUUCAAGGCCUCGCCCGUGCGUCCCGUCUCCUUGGAAACACUAACAAACAUGGCGGAUUAAUUUUUGUUGUGAGGAAAAAGAAAAAGUCAUUUUGAGAAGAUAUCUUGCCAAAAGAGGGGGCGCCUAGACAAGCAAGGUAAAAUGGACGUCGAAGACAGGAACAGUCCAUGUGACGUGGCGUCAGACAGGUGUGGAGAGCUGGGUGUCCACCUCAGCACUGAUGAUGAUGAGGACAAUGAGGAAGGUGGUCCAGGCCAGAUGACCUUUAAAGAUGAAGAGGCAGUCCUUUCUCCUGAUUUGAAGUGGUUAGAAGACUUGUAUGAAGAGGACGAUAGUGAUAUGGAUGGCAAUGGUGACCUUGCGGUUGCAGCCGUCAAUGGUAAGAAGAGGAGUUAUGCCGAGACAGCACGGAUGUUCAAGCUGAGACGAAACCUGGACCAGCUGGACUGCUUUCACCAACAGAAGGAGCAUGACGUGCUGAAAGCCAGAGAAGAGCUUAAACUCUGUCGUCAGAACGUCGAAAGUCUGGUGGAGCAAAGGGAUAAGUUGGAGAAAGACAUAGAGCGACAGAGAGCAGAAGACAACAGUGUGGCAGUGUUUCGUUUGCGAGCCCAGCAUAAGAAUCUGUGUCAAAAGUUGCAGAGUGAUGAGGAGCUGGAGGGCCACAUCAGCACUAGGCUGAAGCAACAAGAAAUGGAGCUGAGUGAGGUGGAGGUGGAGCUUGGCAGGUUCUCAUCACUCCGGCAGGAGGUGCAGGAGGAGGAGAGGGUCUUCCAGGUCCUUAAGAACCAGAAGGCAGCAACAAGGCUGCAGCAGGAGAGGAAAGCCAGCCAGAACCUGCAGCUCAAGAUGCAGCAUCUCAGGGUUAAACAGGCAGCCAUGCUGAGGAAAGAGGAGACUGAAUGUCAGAAGAAAAUCGAAGAAGGACAGGCGAGGCGCAAGAUAGCUGCCAAGUACUUGACAGAGACCAUUAAAAGGAUGCAUCAGCGAGAGGCUGAGAAGGAGCAAGAGAACAGGGAGUUACUGGAAAAGAGGAUACAGGCUGUCAAGUCACUGAAAUCUAACAUAGCAGCCACUCAAGAGAGCUUACGGGUCCAUCAAAGCAGAGCCAAAGCAAACACCCAGAGGAAAGAGCAGCGACAGAGACAACUGAGAGAAUCCCUUCAGGCCCAAGGAAUCAACAGUAUCAAGCAUAUGUACCAACAGAAACAACUAGAGGAGUUAAAACGAAAACAAGAGGAAUUCGAGGACAGGCAGAAGUUAAAGAGAGUGGAGAUUGUGGCAAAAAUCAUUCAGGAGGAACAGCUGGUAAAGAACAGAAAGAGGCACCAGGCACGGCUGCCUAAACCCACAACCACUGACAAGUUCCCAUCUCUGGGGAGAGCAAGAGAGAAGCUCCUGUCCUACCUGGAUCCCAGCCCCCCAUCAGCCACCGAGGAGAGUGCCACAAUUCAGUUAAGACAGUUCAGUGAUAGCAGCAGCUCAUCGUCAGCUUCCUCUGAUGUUGAGGACCUGGGGCAAACCGUGCACCAGGAAGUGGACGACCAGAGCCUUGCUGACAGCCUGGCUGAGCCUGAGUUCUCUGGGCUGUGGGACCAGAACUACAAGAUGCUUUUGAAUGAGAAAACAACAUUGGUGCAGACAGAAGUAAAGCAGGAAGAACCUGCAGUGGCCAGUGGAAAGCUCAGCAUUCCUCCUAAAAUGGUUCAUGGAAAGGAGCUGAAAGGGCCUCCAUUCAUCAGUAAACCAGAGGUCAUCCUGUUUAAGGACUUUGAAGUGGGGAAGAUGUAUAAGAAGAAAAUCGUCCUGACUAACAUCAGCUACAUCACCAACCACUGCAAGCUUCUUGGGGUCUCCACACAUCUGAAGGAUUUUAUCUCUAUCAACUUUGAGCCUCCUGGUUCUUUAUCUACUGGGAUGUCUUGUGACAUGCAGGCUGUUUUUCAACCUAUGAUAAACAAGGACCUGGAAGGAGAGGUCCAGUUUGCAUCAGCAGUGGGUCCCUUCUCUGUGCCCGUCAGAUGCACCAUAAAGAGAUGUGAUCUGGAGGUCGACAGCCAGUUCAUUGACUUUGGUUCGCACGUGGUGGGCCAGACUAUUUCAUGGACUAUCACCUUGACCAACAAGGGUGCACUGGCCACCCUCUUCAGCCUGGACACAUGUCUCAGUCCAGAAACUAGCCAUGUCCAGAUGGCAUCCCAGAGCUCUGCCAUCACCUGCCAGGAGACAAGUACAACAUCUGUCGACCAGAGCAGCUCCGUAUCCCUGGGCACGGGACAACUCCAACCAAAGCAAGAGAGUCAGGAGCUCUCUGAGGCCUUGCAGCAAGAGCACUCAGAGUCAGAGGCUUCAGCUACAGGUCCAGAACCGAUUCCUGAGACUUGCGUGUCCCCUGAUGUGGAUGCCCAAAUGGACCAGAGCCACUCAGACUACGAUGACAUAAGGCUAGGAAAUGUUAAAGAGGGGGAGAUCGGACCUUUUGAAAGCAUUCAACUGGAGGUUGUAUUCACUCCAACCAUUCCAGGAGAGGCCAAACUAGACUUCCACAUCAAAUUCUCUGACUUAACCAGCAAACCAAUACCCAUCCAGGUGAGGGGUGUAGCAGUCAGCGUCCCUGUAUGGGUGGUUCAGCCCAGCAUUGACCUGAAGAUCUGCAUGUUUGACCGCCUCUAUCAAGACAGUAUCAUGGUCCAAAGCAGAGCCAGCACAGCCUUGAAGCUGACCUUUGAGGUGUGCCCGGAAAUGAGGAAACACAUGGAGAUCCUUCCAAAGAUGGGCUUCAUCCAGCCUCAAUCAGGCUUUAAUGCCCAACUCAAGUUCCUGCCGAGAAGCUCCUUAUCCAAAGAUGCCAAGAAGCUUUUUGACAAAGAUACAGGAGUCCUGGAGGUUCCGUUGACGGUGCAAGUAGCAGGCCAGGUGAAGCCGGUUCAUUUCACAGUCCAAGCAGUUGUGACCUCCUCAGACCUGCAGUUUGAACCAACUGAGGUGGACUUUGGUAUCUGUUCCAUUUACCAGUUGGUCAAAAGCAGCGUUCGCCUUACCAACCUGUCCCUGCUGCCUCAGGACUUUGGCUUUUUGGGUGUUCCAGAGUUUAUUGAGGUCCAGCCUAAUGAUGGCUUUGGCACUCUACUCCCACAAGAGACCCUGGAGAUUGAUCUGAUUUUCAGUGCCAACAAGGCCAAAGAGUACAAUUUCCAGCUCAGCUGCAGAUCAGGAAUUAACAGAGAUUUCCUUCUGUCUUGCCGAGCAGUGGGUGUCCGCCCUCCACUGGAGCUCUCCCAUUCUCUGGUCCAGUUUGGGGCCACGGCAGUGGGAGACCACUCCACUGCCAUACUUUACUUGAUCAACCAUCAAAACAACCAUAAGCAGUCCAAACAACCAGUCCCUCCAGUGGUCAAGGGCGCCGUGGCUCCUGUAGCACCCAGGCUGUUCUCCUUCACCCUACCCAAGGAUUCAGACAUCAGCAUCACUCCUUCUGCGGGCGGCCUGCUGCCCGGGGAGAGAUGUCUUGUCCAAGUGACGUUCAGACCCAGACUGCUGGACCAGGACAUCAGAGAGGAGGCGCUGCGUCUCCUCCACCGAGCCAAGAUGCUCCGUGAGAAGGAGUUGGAGAGGAACAGACAUGCUGAACAGGAGACUAAAAAGGAGGUCCCAGUGGAAACAGGUAAAGGCAAGAAGGCAUCUGUGGUUCCAAAGACUAGCACGGUGUCAGACAGCCCAAACACAGACCAACUAACUGAACCACCAAAUCCUGCUGACAUACAGCCAGGGUCAGAGCAGUAUGAGGAGGCCAGAGCCUCUCUGCUGUACUCCUUCACCCAGCGCUACAGCGAGUACACCGUUCCCUGCUUUGUGUCGGACGGAGACCCUCCAGAGGAAGACCGACAGGCCCAGCCGUCGUGGAGUCCCUUCAAUACUCUGUACUUGAAGCUGCAGUGUCCUGCUGUACAGCCCCCUCUAGUGGUCAUAUCCAACAAUGGACAAAAUGUCAUAGACUUCCAUCAGGUGGCAGUGGGAGAAAAAAUGAUCAAGAGGUUUACAGUUCAGAACAUUUCGAAGGAAUCUUUGGAUCUGAGGUCAUCAGUGCUGGAUAUACGUGGUCCUUUUUUCCUUCUGAAUGCUCUCAGGUGCUUAAGACCCGGAGGAAAACAAACUCUGGUUCUGGCCUUCAGUCCAUCUCUGGAGAAAAAGUACUGUGAGAGUCUGGAGGUGCGUAGCCAGAAGAUGACCCUGGAGAUGACUGUGUGUGGGGAGGGUGUGGUCCCUGCUGUCACCUCCUCCCACCCUGGAGGUCUCCUUGACUUUGGCUAUGUGUUGGAGAAGGAGAGCACCUCACAUGUCCUAAAGCUACAGAACAGCUCAGCGGUGGCAGUGGGUUUCAGGGUGCUGCUGGCCAGCCUUUGUCCCUCACAGCCUCAGGGUGGAGCUGACAGGGUGGCCUUCCUGCUGGGCAGUUACACAGACUCUCAGGUCCAGCCUACUGUGGGAACCCAGAACUACAGUGGGCUGAGUGUGUUCAGUGUGGUGCCAGUAGAGGGCAGCAUUGGUCCAGGACAGAGCCAGGACAUCACUGUCACCUUUCAGCCUGACCACCCGGCUGUCAACUAUUCUGACAGACUGACCAUAGAGCUCACAAAUAAGAGUAAAGUGUGUGUGGUGGAUCUGAGGGGGGCAGCUUCUUCACAUAACAUGUAUCUAUUUGGAGGAGACCGGCUGACUGUGCCGAUUGAAUCUCUCCUCCCUCCACUGAUAACCGGUCAACCUCCGCUUACAGCAGAGUCAGAGGUGAUGGAGAAGCCCACCAUCCCUGUGCUGGUGACCCUGCGGGCCAGCUACAGCGCAGGAGUCGUCACACCUGCAGUGAGGGAGCUGCAGGUGGGCUGCAUCAGCUCCACACAGCCCAGUAAGAAGAGUGGUGAGUUUUACUGGGAUAGCGCUGCAUCUCUGCAGCAGCACGGCUUCAGUGUGGAGCCCACCAAGGGCACUGUGGAGACAGGCCACAGACGCACCCUCACUGUCACGUGGACACCCCACUGUGGAUACAAACCCUAUGAGGUGGUGCAGACAUGUGUUCCUCUUACCUUGAAGGGGGAUGAGACGAAUGUUUACAGAGUCACCCUGUUGGCUUUGGUCUCCACCACUACUGACUGACAUCUACAGUACCUGGAUUCCGGCCAGUGUGAAAGCUGCUCACACACACACUGGCACAAUCCAUACAGACAUGUGACACACCGUGCAUUUAUGUGGCCAACAUUAAUACAUGAAUUGGUUAUUUCUGAAUUGAAUUGAAUUAUUAAAGGUGCAAUUAAUUGAG